AUGGCAACGGCGAGUGGCUCGGUCGCUGCUUCUCAGGAGGUGAGUCGUACCGGUGUAUCACGUCCCCGUUCCCGAUCAGCGUGAUCGUGGCUCCCUCGAUCAACGUCGCACCGAUCAUGGGCCAACCGGGCCACAAAAACCACUUCACUCCGUUCAUUCGCUUGUGGCUGAGGCUGAUCAUAUUGCAUGUGCAGAUCCUGAGAGCGACCAUUAAGGAUGUCAGAUCGUGAGCGAGCAUGCUCAGUCAGGGCCUUGAGCCUUCGCCAUUUUCAAGGGGCUAGGAUUAUGCAUCUUACACAUAUGCCGAGCUUUCUUCCUUUCACACGCCCACCCGCGUUACGCAGAAGGCCGUGGUCGAGAUCCGUCAAGCAGGGAUCAAGUCCACGGUUGAGAUAGGCAAAUCCGUGCAAGGCGAGUCGACUUGACACACCCAAGCUACACCUCUACACGAGUCAUCAAUCGGCCUAUCUCUACCAAUAAACAGCCAACGCCUACCUCCAAGCCGGGACUUUUGAUUCGUAUCAAUUCUCCUUCAUCCCUCCCGGCCCGUCCGCGACGAACCGACGAGAUCGGCAACUUGACACGCCUUCCUCGGACGAUCCUGUCCAGGUCGAACCGGCCGACGACAUCGACGGAGACACUGCGCCUUUUGUUGCUUCUGGUGUCUCCCCCACGACCGCAUUGGAACCUCUCACCAUCUUCGGCAAUGCUGGACCCGGGUUGGGGUCAGGAGGCUCCACUGGGUUUUCAGGGUCCUCGGGUCGGCGGUGGGUGGGGUGGUGGGGGUGGGGGUGGGGGUGGUGCGGGUAGUCGUAAGCGCGGCAGGCAUUCGAGUAUGGGACGGAAAUUCGGGGUCCGUGGGUGUCGCGCGACGCCCAGUCGUUUUGUUCAAUGGCCGAGCUGGUACGUGACAUCUACGUGGCUGGCACAACCGACUGGACGAGUGUGGUACGUCUAGUCGAGGCUCGAUCGAGACCCGGUCAUGUGUGCGCUCGUACACCCUUGGGCGCACGUUUUAUCUUUCCUUUCGGCGCAUUCACACCGUACGCACCUAAAAGAAUCGCGAGCGAAUCCUCGUCUUGGGAGUCCAAAAGAUGAUGCAAGUCAAUGGGGUCCCCAUCCGCGGCGACAGCGCCGACGCCAUCGUCGACAGUGGUACCGUUUACAUGGUCAUGAUUGACGCUGUGGCCGCUGCGGCCUUCGCUUCGAUACCCGGCUGGGGCUACUAUUAAAACAGCACGGCGUCCAAGAUGUAUAUCUACCCUUGUACAACUUCUUCCGUCUUCACCGACUCGUUCCCUGGCGGAUCGACGGUGUGGACAAUCUCCGAGGACACCCUCAACUUGGGCCAAGUCGACGGCACGAACUGCUUGGCCAGCGUGAUGGGUGGCGCCGAUGCGGCGGCCGGAGGUGCGGGCCACCUCUUGGGCCGACGCUUUUAUGCAGAACGUUUACACGACGUUCGAUUCCGACAAUGCGCGUGUUGGGUUUCCCGAUUGAGCUAG